AAAUAAUUCAAAUUUCAACACGACAUUCUGGUCAAAAACGAAUGAUAGUUACCUCAUCAACGAUCUCCAAGGCAUAUUGUCUUUAUUAUUGACGCUCUAUCACAGUAUUCUGUUUUGAUUAAGCUCAGAUUUUCUUAAUAUUCGAGAAAACAUCUCCGGUUUUUAAAAGUUUAAAUUUUUUAUUUAGCGCACAUGCGUGUCGAAACUUCCGGCGAAACCGAAACAGGAUAUUGAUCAUCAAAACAAAAACAUUUUCAAAUGUACAUAAAAUGACAUUCUAUGGACUUUUAAGCGAUGUUUACUCAGUAUUUAUAUAUCCUGCAUGAACUAUAAAUAGUUUAAAUUGUGAUAGUACCUCUUGUGUCAAGAUGGAGCACCAAGAUUUUGAAGAUAUUGGGAUCAUUCAUGGGUCCCCAAGUUCAGACAAUCUAAAAGCUUUCCAAACUGAAUACCAUGCUCCAAUAUGGUCUGGAGAGAAAAGGUCUGGUGCUCUACCAAUCACUCAACGGAGAUCCUCAAUGUUCAGAUGUCUCUUACGUGCUGGAAAUUCUGCAGGAAUAAUGUACUUCCUAAUUGUGUUAUCGCUGCUCUUUACAUCAGCAUUUUUCUAUUUCGGUCCAGCGAUUUAUGACGCAGAUGAAUUACACUUUAGGAGAAUGUAUGGAUUGUUCAUGGUCUUCAACAUUGUAAUGAACUACAUCCUCAUAAUAGUGAAAGCAAAGGAUUCUGUGUACACGCAAAAAUCAACCAGUGCUUUGUGCGGAUUACCUGAUCAAUCCUGGAGAUUCUGUGCAGCAUGCAGUCAUGACGUUCCUCCCAGAUCCCAUCAUUGUACAUUAUGUAAUGGGUGCAUCUUAAAACAGGAUCACCAUUGCUUCUUCACUGGAGUAUGCAUUGGAUUCUACAAUCAGAGAUACUUUACCAUGUUUUGCUUCUAUGCGUCAGUCGGUACAGGGUACAGUUUAGCUGUCAUGGUGGAAUAUGUACACACAGUGCAUUUUAAUCUAACUGGAAGUAAUGUUACCCAACUCAUCCUUCCUGUUGUUGCAGUUAAAACGUUCAUGGGGAGUGCAACAUGGUCUUACCUUGGGAUUGUGGUGCUGAUUAACCUAGCGUUUGGGACUUGUUUGAUGACUUGUUAUUUUUGGACGUGGCAAUUGUUAAUGAUUUACAGAGGACAAACAACUUACGAGUUCCACAGAGGAAAUAUAACAUUUAAAAAUAAACCAAUGGCAAAUUUUAGAUCUGUUUUUGGAUCAUUUUGGUUUCUGAAUAUACUAGCACCAAUGGUGUGUUUCCAAAAUAGGGGCAAUGGAAUAGACUGGGGAGAAUACAAAUAUGUAUGAAAACCAAGUUUUUAGGCCAAUAUAAAGAUGGCAGUAGUAUAGAUAAAAAGAUGACAGAAGCUUCGUUCAUGAUUAAUAUUCUCUUUGUGUGGCAUUGGUGCUCUCCCCUAUAAACAGGUUCAUUUUUUGCAUUGAUUUCUUUUUUUUAUGAAUACUACUUCUAUCUCCCUUAGCCCAUGAUAAAAUAUGAAUUGCAAUUUGAAUGUCUCAAAUUCAGAAUUUAUGGAAUAUGUUAUAGAGGAAUAUGUCUCAUGACAAAGAUAUUAUGUACAUUUUAGGGGGUAGCUUGAAAAUGGUGCUUUAGCUUAUUAUAGAUGUUUGUCUUUACUCUUUCUACAAUUGCAUGUAAUUUAUUAAAGGUGUACAAAAGGAGAUAUCAGCUGAGGGAAAUAAAAAAUAGGAUAGUUGAAUUGAAUGUAUGCUUACAGGCUUAAUAAAUAAGAAUUAAAGGAUAAAGUAAGGCAUUUUGUUACAUAUUAUGUCAAUGGCUAAUAUUGAUUUUUCUAAAAUAACACUAAGACUUGUUUUAAGUGAACACUGGUGGAACUACUUUUUAGUUAAGUUUUCAUAUUUCAAGAGUUGUUCAUCAUAUAACAGAGUAUAACAAUAUGAGGGACCAGGUCAAUAUUCGUUUUACUGUGUCACCCACACAGCCACAUAAAACAGAACUCUGCAGAUAUAUUACUAUAAAACUAAUUUUAUUAUUAAUACUGUUUGUUAAUAGUAAAUACCGUUUAGAAAAUAAUACUUUCCAUAAGAUACAAUUACACCUCACAUUUGGAUUGUGGUAGGCCCUACUAUCCCCCAACUCCUACAAAAACUACUAUUGGCUCUUAUAUGCUAACAGGAAUAAUCAAACUAAAGACUAGACUAGUUUACAACCUUUUGAAUGUUGUCAUUUGAUUGUCAUUCUGGAGAUAAUAAAUCUAUUGUAAAUAGAAAUUACACUGUUUUGAGAAUACAACCCAAUUUUGAAAAUACACCUGGAAAGUUGUAUCAACUAGUAGUAUGUCUAAACUAUCUAUAAGCUGAUAAGAACUAUUAAAUACAUGUUUUAUUUUUUAUGUUGGACUAGUUCACUACACUGUAUAUUUAAGGCCUACUUUCUACUAGUAUCCUAUUCUAUAUGAUUACAAGACAAGAUAAAAAUAACAUCUUUGGUGGAGAAUAUGUUUCUUCGGAAUAUGAAAAUAACUUUUUAACAAUUUUUAAUAAAAAAAUAUGAACAUUUAAUAUAAACUUAACAUACUGAGAAACACAAACACUUCUUGUAUUGAGGAUCAAAUCAUGAACAGUCAUAAGAAAAAACAAAAACAAAGACUAAGUCUACUAAAAAUCUCGAUAUAAAGACUUUUGGGCUGUUGCAUAAACAAAAAUACUGUUUUACAUAACUACCUGAUAACAUUCCUGAUCAUCAGAGGGAUAAAUUAUAUUCCCUUUGAUAGCCCAAAAUGUGAAACUACACAGAAAACUAAUGUGAAAUUACACAAAAAUUAAUGUGAAAUUACACAGAACAAUUGUACACAUACCUAUGUGUAUUUUUACUUAACUAUGUUAGCACCAUGGAAAUCUGUUAACGUGUGGCUGUCAAAUAUCAUAUAAGUUUAAAACAUACAGUAAAACCUGUAAAGUGGAACACCUCACUAAGUAGAACACUUGCAAUUCUGUACUUCUACUUAAUUUGGUGGCCAUUUUAAUUUGGCGGUUCUGCCAAAUUGUUAAAGUCCACCAAAUAAA